AUGCAAGGAUCAGUAACUUCUUUCAUGUUGUUGGUAAUGGCUCUUGAUCGAUUUAUUGCAAUAUGUAUUCCACUGCGUUAUCCUGUCCUGAUCACAAACAACACCAUAUCUGUGCUCUGUGGCGUUGCUUGGUUCAUACCUCUUCCUUUAAUGGUUGGUGUUGUACUCCAUGCCCUUACUUUACCUUACUGUAAAUCCAAUAUUAUCGUUCAAUGCUACUGCGACCACUUUUCUAUAACAAGUCAGGCAUGUGGUGAGGAAGUUAAAAUGAUUACAGUCACUUCUCUGUGUCUGGCCAUGUUUUGUCUGUUGCUCCCUCUUGCAUUCAUCUUGUUUUCUUACAUUUCCAUCUUCCUGGUGAUUUUGAAAAUGUCAAAUGCUGCUGGCCGCAAAAAAACAUUAUCAACUUGCACUCCACAAAUAUUUAUCACAUGUCUUUUUUACCUUCCCAGAUGUUUUGUUUAUGUAACUAAUACUGUUGGAUUUUCUUUCAGUUUCGAUGUUCGCAUUUUGUUGAUAUUGCUGUACAGUCCACGUAGGCACACAACAGUGAGAUCUCUGCACAAGCACUUGAUCAAAGGAUAG